AAGACAGCCGUUUUUUUUAAUGUUUUUAUUUGUGUUUCUUUGACCUCAAAUGUUAUAAUCAAAUCAUACACUUUCCUUUGAACCAUUCUAAUCUUUUCACGAAAAAAAAGUUUCUUCUUGGGGAGAGGCUUUGAUACUGAUCCAUCUGUGUAUUGAUGAAUGAUCAGAAGAUGAGUUGUUGGAGGAAGAAGUCGAAGAAGAAGAACUCAGAAGCAAAUCAACGGCAAAGAUGGUUCCAAGAGAACGGGAAGGUACUCUUAGAAGAUCUCAUCGAGCUUUGCAAUGGCAAAUCCAAUCCAAUCAAAACCUUCUCUGCUGAAGAAAUCCUCCAAGCCACCGAUAACUUCAGCGAGAGCAAUCUCGUGAUUCGGUUCAACUUUAUGUACAGAGGUAUACUCCAAAACCGUCCUGUUUUGAUCAAAAGAGCCACAUGGAACUACUACAAAUCUGAUACAUUAGAAAAGAUCUGUCGUGACAUAGCGGUCUCAUCAAUGGUUAGUGGUCACAAGAAUUUCCUCAAAUUGUUAGGAUGUUGUCUUGAGUUUGAGCAUCCGGUCUUAGUUUGCGAGUAUGCAGAACGUAUACCAUUCAAUACUCCAAACCCGGAAAUGUUGUUACCGUGGAGAAUGCGAAUAAAGAUUGCCAAAGAGAUUGCGAUUGCGGUUUCUUACCUUCACACCGCGUUGUCAAGAACUAUGAUUCAUACGGAUAUACAACCUUUUAACAUUUUCGUGGAUUCCAAUGGGACAGCAAAGCUAAGUGACUUUUGUCUUUGUAUCGCAAUUCCAGAAGGAGAGACAUUUGUUAAGGUUCAUGCUGAUAGAGUAGAAGGAACAUUAGAUUAUCUAGAGUAUAACUACGCGGCGACCGGAUUGAUCACCGAGUAUACCGAUGUUUUUAGCUUUGGAGUGUUGUUGCAAAACUUUUUCACAAGAACGUACGGAGUGGUUGAUUGUUGUUGCAGUGAAGAUGAGAGUCUAUUUGAAGAGUUUGAAGACAAACAAAAUGUAAUGAAUCUAAGGAUUUCAGAUAGGAUAUCCAAAUUUGUGGAAGAGGGAAGAAUCUUUGACAUGUUGGAUCCAAAAAUGUUGGAAAGUAUGGGUGAUGAUGAAACCGAAGAACACAAGAUACGACGAAUGAAAGCAGUCCUUAUGCUCUCACUCAGAUGUACUGGUCAUAGAGGUGAUGUUCCAAAGAUGAUGGAAGUUGCCAAGGAACUAAAAAGGAUUGAGAGAUGGACAUAGAGGAAACUUUUACAAAGUUUAUUGUGUGCAUUUGUAUGAAGAGGGCUAACUGGUGGGCAGAGUAGCUACAGUUAACUUAUUUGCUCAAUGUGUAAUAUUUAAGAAGAUGUGGAUCAAAUUGAAAUAUCUAAUUAUGGGAGUAGAAUGUAUAUUAUAAAUGUAUUGGGUCAAUAUUUAAUAACUAAAACGACAUGGAUAAGAUUAUAAUAUCUAAUUUGUCGGAAUUUG